CAUCAUCAUCAUUGUGCGACCGGUCUCUGACGUCACACCGCGACCUGCAGUAGUACGCAUGCGAUUCCGUAUCGGUCGUUCCUCAAGCCAUUUAUCGAAGGAAAAGUGUGCGUGCGGUAAUUUAGGUAUAUUGUACCUUUCUUAAAUACUGUGCACAGUUAUGUCCACGAGUGACUUUUAUUUGAGGUACUAUGUGGGCCAUAAAGGUAAAUUCGGCCACGAAUUUCUGGAAUUUGAAUUCAGACCAGACGGCAAACUGAGAUAUGCAAACAACAGUAACUACAAGAACGACGUCAUGAUCCGAAAAGAGGCAUAUGUUCAUAAAAGCGUGAUGGAAGAGUUAAAGAGAAUCAUUGACGACAGUGAGAUCACAAAAGAAGACGAUGCCUUGUGGCCUCCUCCAGACAGAGUCGGACGUCAGGAACUGGAGAUUGUCAUCGGUGAUGAACACAUUUCAUUCACAACUUCCAAAAUUGGAUCUUUAAUUGAUGUCAACCAGUCCAAGGACCCAGAAGGGCUCAGAGUUUUCUACUACCUGGUCCAGGACCUCAAAUGCCUUGUAUUCAGUCUCAUCGGCCUCCACUUCAAAAUCAAGCCCAUCUAACUACCCGAUUGCUUUUAUUCUGGAUGAAAGUCAUUUUUUAGUUCUUGUUUGAGCUAUUUUCAACAUUUGUAUAUUGCUUGGUGGUUUCGCUUAGUUUUCUUUUUUUCUAAAUAAAUACUUGUUCAACUGUU